AUCCCUACUAUUGACACGCUCGCAUCAUGCUCCUUGAUCUCGGUGUCUAACCUUUGCAUAACUUCGCAUAGCAAUCAUGGCGCCAGUUGAGACUGACGCUGCCACGAGGAGCAACUCACUCCCCAUUGCACUCUUUGGCGGGCAGGUCUUGCUCGUUACAGUCCUCACAGCUCACGUUCUGCUCACUACUCGUCGCGCUGCCAGAUCACAACCGCCAUCAACCCACACGCGCUCCCAAGACCCCGCGCGCCGACGUCACGCCUUUGUCUUCUCCGCCAUUGCGCUCAUAUCACUGCUCUCAGUGGGGAGCUUCGCCUUCCUUUGGCGCGCCAUCUCCUAUGUACGGUGGGCUGAGCACAACAAGCAGGAGAUCCCAGGUAGCUUAUGGAGUGGUUGGUAUGGCACUGGGGAGCAAGGACAAUGGCAUCUGGGCGAUUGGAUUGCCGAUAUAGAUCUUGUGCGCGAAUUCGAUGCUGUAGGAAUCAUGAAGCCCGAGGGAUUUCUCUACACCAGCCAAUACUUUGUGGGGCUGAUAGCAAGCUCCAUCUUUAUGGGUGCUGAAGGACGCAGGCGCAAUCUCUCCAACACUACUAUUGCGUCUUUUGUACUACUGAGCUCUAUUGGAAGUCUGGGAUAUUCCUUGAGCUUGUUCUUCAUCACCAUUUUGUACACACCUCUAACUCUGCAGCGCGGGGACUCGCCGCGACACGACACGCUGUUCACACCGUACGCCCUCGUCUACGACAUGGGUAUCGUUGCGUCACUCAUCACACUCAACUUGUUCCCACAAUUGGUGUCUGAGUUUGGUGACAAGAGCAUGAUGCGAGUGGGCUACCUGGCUAUGCCUCUUGCUUUCGCCUUUGCGCCCCAGAUUAUUCCCUACUCCCUUGGCCAUCAACACGUAUCCAAGGCAGCAGCCCAUCGUUCUUAUGCCAAGGUCUUUUACGCAUUGUCGCUGGCUUCUAUCCUGGUGUACUGGCGGGUCUGGGCAACUCUACUCUAUGUGAACCGGCCCUCUUCACGGUCUCAUGUCCUAGACUUGUUUGCACAUUCGUUUGGAAGGAGUGAUUCCCCUCAUGCAAACAAGCUCCUGGCAACUAUCAGCAACGCCGGUCAGAAACUCAAACAUAUCAGCACACAUCCUGCCAUCAGUGUCACAAGUCUUGAUGUGUUCUUUACAACCAUCAGCCUGCUCACCUGGACUUUUACUAGAGACUUGGACGUUCAUUCGAUACUAGAAAGUAGCGUGCUUUCUUUCCUGGUACCAAGCCAGGAGAAGCACGUUGCUUUCAAAAAGGAACUGGCAAGGGUCAUGGAACACGUCGAAGAGCCACCGCCAGCUCUUGAUACGACUACGCCUAAGAAGCGCGGACGUCCUUCAAAGAAGGCGAAUGGUUCAUCUGGCGCAGCGCAGCCGGCUGCUUCAGCUGGACCUGUCAGGCGGAGCACUAGAGGAAAAGUGUACAGCCCCGAAUCUGACGCGGAUGUAUUGGAAGACGAGCAGGACGCUACCUAUCAGCCAAGCGAAGAGACAAAACGAGAAGUCGAGGCCAUGGAAUCGGACGGGUCACUGUCAGACGGUGACGUCGUGUCUGCUGGAGAAUCGACUGCGCUGGCCCUGUUCCUUGCUUUCUUUGGUGGGCUUGGACAGGUGGCAGCUGGUACUUUAGGCGCCGAAGUGACUGGCCCGAGGGACUGAGGGGACCAGAAGGAGUUUGUACAGGAUGAGUGAUGGUGGGUAUGAUUCCAUGUGCUAUGUGGCGUUUGAAUGGAGUCUAAAUCAAAGGUGCGGCUGGAUGCGGGUGUAUGGGUAUUCGGUUUAUGGAGAUUGGAAGAUCACUGCUUUUGGUUUUCUGGCUUAAUACCCCGGCAAUUGGAACCGGAGCGUCGGAUGCAUUUGAUAUUGCUUUCUCAGUCUUAGCAAUGCAAUACCAGCCAGAUAGGGACAUAUGUGCAUUGGAAACU